GCCAAUAGGGGUUGCCAGGAUCGGAAGCUGUCUGUUUGGAAUGCUCACGGACUAAACGCUGAUGUCCGAAUAGGAGUCCUGCGGCCCGUACUCAACGAACACAAUUCAGUUGCGGUCAGGAACGGAACUCUUGAGUUCUGGCCAGUGCUCCCAGUCGUCCAGUCGGACGGCCGUCGGAUCGCAACUAGUCCCGGGGUUUCUUUUGUGGAUAGCAUAUUGCUCUAUUCUGCUCAUUUAUUCCAACUUGUUGCGGUGCCAGUGUGGGUCUAGAAGUAACUAGGUGCAUUGGCCAAUUCUAGGUGCCCACGGUCGAUUGCCCAUCGCCCCGUCCAGUUCGCCCAAAGACGGGACAGGGUUGUCUUCGCCGUCCUGGACACGUCCCGGAUGGACGGAGAGGAGGACUGGGAACCACAGAAUUGUCAGCCUGCCUCAUCGCCGUCAUCCCGUCAAUGAUAGCAUACCCCUGCCACCUGCCACGACCCUUCCUUCCACAGGCGGACCAAUAACGGCGCUCAUCCUUGACACUUCAGAUCCUUGGUGCGGUUCCUGGGGCAAAGGUGUCGAUGAAAUGGUCACUCCACACAUAAAGAAACGCUGGAUUUCAACACCUUGUAGUUUGUACUGUACGGUGGGCCGCCAGAUGGUUUUCCAACUCUAUAUUCGCGAAUUUCACAAGUUUAUGGAUAUCUCAAAAGUGCCAUUUUACGAACAGCAUCAGGAUGACAGCGGGUAUCGUCUGCUUCGAACACUGGUACUGUAAUUUCUCAACGGAGGUAAUUUACCAUGGAUCAACCUUGUGACUGGGUUCCGGUGGGAGAUCAGGAAAAUAUGGAAAUUACUGUUGGUAUAAUAGACCACGCGCACUAUAUGUGGGCAGAGAUGUAAAGGCACUUCGGCUCUGAAAAUAUCAUACCUUCUGUUCCAAGUUAAUACUGCAUUAACCGGAGAGAACCGAUAGGCGCCAUUGUAUUCAAACAACCUUUAUCCCCCCCGUUUGUCUAAAAACCGGAAUUGAACGCCAUAUCCUAACUCUGUAGGGUCGGGACUUAACUUUUCAGGGCACCCAACCCUUACGCAACGGUAAGUUUCACUUCAGCCGCUUCUUAUUUCAACGUGAGUGUCCUCCAAGUUUGGUGCGGUGUGUGUCAGGGUUGCCCCAAGGCGUAAUUUAUCUUACAAGUAAAUUUACAGCCUUCGGUGCAUGGAUGAGGGAUGUAAGUUACAGUAUUCCUUCCACAAAUCGGCAGGAACUGUUCCUCACUCCAUUCGUGAUACGUUGACACCUCUGCAAGUUGUGCGCAAAUGUGCAAAUAGCGUAUCAGAAAUAAUGAGAAUACUGACUUGGUCUGGACAACGGUGUAUGGGUACGUUAUUGAAUGGUUUUGCACGCCUACAUCUGGCGCUGCGCAGCGAAGGUACUAUUACCGCAUCUCUACUGUGGUCGAGUACAAAUGCUUGAGUAGGGCAUGCUGGUUCGACAGGUUGCACAGGAUGCAGGGUGGGAAGGAAGGAAGGAAGGAGAGUGCGAAGACGCAUGAUGUCGUUUGGUCAUUAGGGAGUGAGUGAGUGAGUGAGUGGGCGAGUGAGCACGGAGGGAUGCAUGAAUAGGACUAGGGAAUACUAUAAGAACAAGAGGAGCGCAAUCAUCAGGACUCUCACCACACUAUCGAGCAGUGUUUACAUCUCUCUACCACACCAUACCUACCUACUAUCUACUAUCCACCGUUAUCACAAGUUGCUACUACUGAUACUUCUACUACUUCAACUACCAAAUCUCCAGACUCCACAUAAAACCUCAAUUCACCCUCCAAACCUCCAAAAACCAUCAUGUCUAAAAUAGCCCCUCUCAAGACCACCAACAGCUUCUCCUCCACCUCCACUGCCUCUUCCACCAACUCCACUCCGGCAUGCUCACCAACAACCUCUACCUCAAGCAAUGAUAGUCACACCCUGAAAUUCUUCGACAAAACCCUUGACAAGGUCAAGGCCUACGUCCCCCAUCACCACCACCACCAAAGCAAGAAAACGUACUCACAGCCGCCGACAUCAAUACCACAACAACACCAUCGGUCCAGGAGCACCGAGAGCCUGCGCAGUGUCCAGCGGCGCCAGACAGUGGCACAGUACGGACGGCACUCGAAUGAAUGGCUAUUUGGUGGUGUGUCGGUCCGGAGAGCAGUGAGCGGGCUGUUUCAGCAGGAAAAUUGAGGGCGCGCGGGCGGGGAGGAGGAAGGACACGCGGGGGGUACGAUAGUGAAUUAGCGACACACCGCUAUCUCGAUGAUAGCUUCCAAUUCUUGUUUCUUUUUUUCCUUUAUCUGGAACGGGCGCUUUAGGUGUUUCUCUCUCUUUUUUUGAUUUUGAUCGUUCUCACACUUGGAGGGCGUUCACUCGUUAAUCCACGGUACUUGAAAAAACAAUUUUUCCUUGUGUGUCAUUCCGGCGGAUAUUUGUUUUCUCUCUUUCCAUCUUCCUUCUCAUGUAACUGUACAUUCGCUUUUCCCUUUCAUUUCUUUGUUCUGGAUGGAUGGAGAAAAUUGGGCGGAGGGGCUAUCUGAUGAUUUAUGAUACCUUCUUGAUUGUUUUUGUAUUAGUUAGUUCUCACGACAUCAAAAUAACACCAGAUAAAAUGGUCACCCGGAUAAUAAUAUUAUUACAUUUUU